AAUCUGUCGUGUUUAUCAUUGAUAAUUGGAACAGUGUUUGUUGGUUUUACAUUUUAAUCAGAAUGCAACUUUAUUGAUGUUAUUCUGUUUUUCAAAAUAAUUUUACAAUGGAUUUAAGUGAAUUUUUGAGUGUCUGUGAACCACAUCUGAGUCCACCAAUGUUAGCCAAAGAUUUACAAGACAACAAUUCGAUGAUUUCGUUUUCGCAGUCAAAAGUGUCAAGCAUUAAUAAAAUGCUUUUGCAAGUAUUGUCCCCAAGUGAAGAUACAAUCAAAACUUGCUUAAACUCGGACCAACAUGAAAACACUGUUAAUGAUAACAAUGCCUGUGAUCAAUCCACCAAUUCAUUCAAUACUUUGAAUUUGAAUAUUGAUAGAUUGUAUCUUAAAACCUGCCGUCGAUUUGGAUCAGAACUUGACUACAUCAACUCGUACGACGCGAUAUCAGAUCGCAUUUUCUCUGAUGCUAUUGAUAAAAUCUUGCUAAAUAUCGUCAAUCAAAACAAUCUAAGCCUUGCAGUCUUGGAUAUUGAUGACAAUGAAGACUUAGAAACAUUAUAUUACCAAUAUUAUGAUGAUUAUCAAGCUUUACCGACGAACCAACACUUCACCUACAACGACUACGUUAAACUGAGAGCAAACACUUUUCUACUCGCCAGACUUGGAUAUAAGUUGACAAUAACAUUGAAUACUGACAACGAUAAACCAGAAACAUGGAACCCAAAAGUAGCCAAGAAAAUAUUAUCUGUUGAUUAUUCGCCUUUGAGCUUAGUAAAGGAUUGUUACCCUGCACAAGCAUCUUUGGACCAAUUAGAAACUUUACUUUUAGCAGAAGUGGUAAAUGCUUUUCAAGACUAUGAACCAAACAACUUGCCUGAUUUUUCAAUUAAUCGGUCGGGUCCGUCACCAGCAAGAUUUAUCUCCAUUUGUAUGAAGCUCAGAAGUUUGCGAAAACUUCGUAAUAGCGAUAAAAUUAUUCUCAUGUCCAGCACAUUUUAUCAGUUCACUUCCCUGACAAUUCUUUUUAAUUACAACCAAUCAACUGAUGAUUGGAUAAACCUAGAUAAUGGAUCAAGAUUUGGAAGGCGUGAUUUAUUCAUUUGGAAUCGUUCGUUACAUGACAAGUCUGUUUCCAUUAUUGAAUCCUUUCCAGAUCGAUGGAAAAAAGAUGCAAUAAUUGAAUCGAUACUUAGUUUGAUUAUUAUUUUCAAUCCUGAUCAAGUUGGAAUCACAUUUGCAGAUUCAGUUAGACAUGAACAAUAUGUUUACAUUCACUUGCUUAAGCGCUAUUUGGAGUCAGUUUGCGAAUCACCUUCUGAUGCUUCAGACAAUCUUUACAGGUUAAUGGUGGCUGUUGAUAAAUUCCGGGAAUUGGGUGAAAUUUUAUGUGAAUUAAUCAAUUUAUGCCAGACAGAUUAUCACAGAUCUCUACAAAACUUGAUCAUGAAUAUAAUUAACAAGUAGACUCUUAAAGUGCAUACAAGUGUAUAAUGGAUUAAGCUGCAAGUUUUUACUAUCAUUACAUUUCAUCUCAAAAUAU